AUGGCUGAUCGGCAAAUCACCCAGCAGACGAUCUUUAGCCUGCUGGCCAAGCUCGACGAUCCCGAUGCCGACCUGCGUUACAUGUCCUUGAACGAUCUAUACGGCAUCCUCACAAACCCAAACUCGUCAUUCCUCUCCCAUGACCGGGGUACAUCAACCAAGCUUGCGGAAGGGCUACUCAAAGCUCUGGAUGAUCAACAUGGCGACGUGCAGAAUCAGGCGCUCAAGUGUCUUGGCCCAUUGGCCGUUCGCCUUCCAUUCGAAUCCCUCACACCUCUGCUCGAGCAGUUGGCCAAUUUGACCGCUUCUCAGACGAUAGACACCUCCAUUCCCAACACUGCCCUCCGCGUCAUUGUCGACACUCUCCCGCGUCCCCAGACAGGCCAGCCAGCCUCGCAAAAUGCCUCCGCAGCAUACUCCGCAGUUUCCAAGGUCCUGGUUCCCCGACUCACUGGCCCAACGCCAUCGGCUUCCGGGCGGCGCGGCUCACUAGUGAAGGGAAUGAUGGAGAAGGAUCCUUCGAAGGGGUUCAGCAGCGAUGCCAUUGACGUGCUCGUCAAGGUUGUCACAUGCUUUGGUCCUUUACUUCAGGAGAGUGAGCUGGCUGCCCUCCAGGCAUCUGUAAUGGCCAUUAUCCAAAACGAUACUGCGGGAACUGUCGUCACCAAGCGUGCUCUGACUGCUAUCUCUGCCCUCGUGCUUCACUUUUCGGACACUCAGCUCAAUGACUUUGUGUCUGACUUGAGUGCGAACCUUGCUUCGUCCAAGAUUUCCAUGGUGCAGCGUCGGCAUUUGAUCGCUGCUAUUGGUGUCAUUGCUAGAACUGCUCCUGCUAAGUUCGGUCCUCAUCUUGAUACUCUUGCUCCAUUCGUCUUCUCCGCUGUGGAAGAGGACGAUAUUUCCAAGGAGAAUUGA